GUCGGUGGGUGGCACGACUGCUGCUCCUGCUCCACAGUUUAGUCCCAGUUGUCGACUGUAGAUGGGCAGCAGUUCUUGUGGCCCUCAGAGUCCCUGUCUUUGCCAUCGCCCUCCCAUCCCAGACCCGGACCCCCAAAACUGCAGUUGGACACAUUAGGUUGCUGCCAACAUUCACCUCAAAACUCUCCUGAUUGAGUGAUUACCUACCAACAAUAUGGAGACUGACAAGACAUUCCCAAGUGAUGACCCUAACGUCACCCUGACCAUCCGCCUCAUCAUGCAGGGCAAGGAAGUUGGCAGUAUUAUUGGCAAGAAAGGAGAAAUUGUGAAGAGGUUUAGAGAAGAAUCUGGGGCCAAGAUCAACAUAUCUGAUGGUUCAUGUCCAGAACGUAUAGUAACUGUUACUGGACCUACUAGUGCUAUCUUCAAGGCAUUUUCCUUGAUCUGCAAGAAGUUUGAAGAGUUCCAGGAGCUGCAAAAUGGUGGUGGGGGAGGUGGCGGUCCCCGGCCCCCCAUCACUCUGCGGUUGAUCGUUCCAGCGUCGCAGUGUGGAUCCCUGAUAGGCAAGGGUGGUUCCAAGAUCAAGGAAAUCAGAGAGGUGACUGGGGCCAGUAUCCAGGUGGCUAGUGAUAUGCUGCCUAACAGCACCGAGAGAGCUGUCACAAUCACUGGCACCAGCGAUGCCAUCACACAGUGCAUCUUCCACAUCUGCUGUGUCAUGCUCGAGUCGCCACCAAAGGGAGCUACAAUUCCAUAUCGGCCCAAGCCCCCAGUAGCUGGCCCUGUUAUCUUGGCAGGGGGUCAAGCCUACACCAUCCAGGGAAAUUACGCUGUACCCACACAUGGGGAUGUAAGUAGCCCCUGUCUGCCCCUGGGACCUCUCUAUCCCCCUGCGGGCCUGUGUGACCCACUGCUCAAGAACGGACACCUGCAAGCUGCUCUGCCCCCACAACACUUGGCCGCCGCUGUCGAAAUAAGCAAGAUGGGCGGGGGACCUCUGGCGGGGCUUGCAGCUCUUGGAUUGGGAGGACUCAACACGGCUAAUACUGGGCUCAACCCUGCAGCAUUGGCAGCAUUGGCUGGCAGUCAGCUAAGGACCAACAACCCUAACCGAAACCAACAGAACACCAAUCAACAGACCCAUGAGAUGACAGUGCCCAAUGAUCUCAUUGGCUGCAUCAUCGGCAAGGGUGGAACUAAGAUUGCAGAGAUAAGACAGAUUAGCGGUGCAAUGAUUCGUAUCAGCAACUGUGAGGAGCGUGAUGGUGGAGCCACAGAUCGCACCAUUACUAUCACUGGGAACCCAGAUGCCGUAGCUUUGGCACAGUAUCUCAUAAAUAUGAGGAUAUCAAUGGAGACUGCUGGAAUGCCGAUGCCAGGGUACCACUAUAUUGCCCCGAACCACAUUGUCAAGGCUCCUAUCCAUUAAUGAGCUGUGGUGCCCUUUCAUUCAGGAACCAUCACCACCUCAGUGGUUCCGUCAGGUUAUGUUAAUAUCUUCGGUUUUGGCCACACACAUUAAUCAAAGGAUGAAGAAGGGAACAAAACCAAAGAUUUGUUUGUUACUUUUUAUAAUUAUUAUAAACUAUUAUUUUGUGUUAAAUUACUGAUAUUUAUUUAUAGUAACUUUUGUUUGUUAUCGUAUUUGUACGUAUUUUUUACGUAGCUUCGUUUUUUGUGAUUUAUUUUUUGUUGAUUAUUAAAGAGUAUAUUGUGCUAAAGUAAUUAAUUGUUACGCUGUCUAAAUUAAUGUGAUCAGAGUGCAACAUGAAAUUUCAUGUAUCGGUUUGUAACUUAUUGUAGACUAUGCAUUUUCUCUGAAACAUUUUAAAUGUGCAAUAAAUAAAACUUGGUUCUCUUAUGUGUUAUUGUUCGAUAGUCUAGGCCUGGUGCGGUUCUGAGACCGCAGGAGGUAGUUGUGUACAUAUGAAAGUGAUCUGUUAGAAUUUAUUUGAAUCACCCAUAAAGACAUUGUUUUAAAUUGCCAUUUUUGUCUUCCUUUGUAAAUAUUCAUCUUCUUAAGACAAAUAAUCCAGGGAGCUGGAUUUUUUAAAUGACUUUUUGUAUAUUUGUCAAAACGAUACUUAGGGAACGUGGAAAGUUGUACAAAGGUUCAACAUGAUAGAUUAACGCAAUUAACAUUAUUUUAGUAGAGAUGUAUCAAAACCCAAACAGUAUCUUAAGGAUAUCUUGGAUUAACAUACUUGUGAUAAAUUCUAUUUUAAGUAAUAAUAACCCUAAGUUACAUUCUUAGACGUAUGCUUCCAGUAUGUAUCAAAUUAAACAAUAAUAUAUGUGCCAAAUUUAUUCAUGCUAUUAAAUAGCUAUCUAUUGAAAUUUUUGUAACUCAUGUGCCAAAUUUUAUUCCCGAUGCUCAUCAUGAAGAUUUGUUAAUACUCAGUACUGUACUUAUUGUAUCCUGUGAUUUAGUUGUGUACAUAGUCUUAUGUUCACCUCACCUAACAUAUCCGUUAAUCGAGUGUCGUAGUUAUUAAUUAAUCCGUUUGUUUUUGAAACUGCUCUGGAAAGGAUUUUUUUGAUCUCUGUAAUAUUUAUUAGGGACAAAAGAAAGACUCUUAAUUUUACUUUGAUUAGACAAUCAAUAGAAUUAGAAUAUCAGUGUUUGUGUUAGCAAUUUGUGUAACUUGGCAUUCUUAGCAUGUUGCUCUAUCUGACAGAUCAAUAAUAAUAAGAUGUGAUAACACUGUCAUCGGGCAUUACUAUGUUCGACUGUUCUGUACAUAGGUUAGCUAGUCUCGUCUCUGCAUGUUAUCAUGCUUUCAUGCUCAGUGGCUCGCUUGGACUCAGCUAAACCCUCUCUUUUUUUCUCAUCAACCAAAUUUUCAGGUAAUCUGCAACUGAGGCUGUGAAGAAGAUGAUAGGUAUUAUAAUGUUUUUCUUAUAUAUAUAUAUAAAUAUAUACAUUUUAAAUGUAUAUGAUAUUUUGAUAUUUUGACAAUAAUACACCUUCUGGAUUGUGGACUUAGAAGAGCAUUAAUCUAUAAGCUCUUGGAUUUUUAAUUAAAGAAAUAAAAAUUAAAUUAACAGGUUGAAUUGUACAAUGAUCUAAGACCAAAAGUUAUUUCCAUUCACGUGUAUAUGAUAUUGCACUUACUUACUUACUUUCAAGGUGGAGUCAAUGUUGAAUCAGAUAUUUAAGAAUUAAUCAUGUCUUCUAAGUAUUGGUUGAGUCAUGAAAUAACUCAAACGCUCUUGAAAGUACAGUAAGUAAACCAGCUAAUAAUUUAAUGUAAUUUUAGCUCAGAUAUACGUGAUAACUUGUUUUAAUCUGUUAUAAUAUCACGAUACUGAUACCAAAGGAGUUUCUUAUCGAAAGGUAGUAACAAGAUAUCAGAUCAAUGGUCCAUCAUAGAAGGAGUUAUUUUAUUUUUCUACAUAUUAUGGUUAAUGAAAGUUAUAUUUAUUGUACAAAUAAAUAAAUUAUCCCACACCUACAUUGAUUAACAAACCGGCUUGCCCUGAGCAUGGAGCUUUAUUCGCACCCAUAUUGUUGUAUAUAUGUGUUGCGCACGUAUAUAUAUUUAUUUAUAUAUAUAUAUAUAUAUAUAUAAAAUACCCCCUCCCCACCCUGCCGAAAGCUACCAGGCACGGCUAUGUCAGUUAAAAUGUUUUUUUCCACAUAAUCAACCUGAGCAACUAAUUUUUAUGAUACUUGAUUUCAAACAAGUUUUUUUCUUGCUUGUUACAUUGAAAGUUGGUUAUGUUUUCAUAUAUAAUGUAUGAACGAUUAAUAUAAAUGUAAUAUUUUAUAUGUGACUGGUUAUUUUACUUUUGCUAGGUUUUUUAACAGAAAUAAUGUUUUACAAAGAGAUAUUUCACUACCUGAUUCUUGUAAGGAAGAAAAAGUCAAAGUAUGGUAAAUAACAAAGACAAUAAAACACUAUAGUUAAAUUAAAAUUAUAUAACAUAACUAGGGCAAAAAGUUCAGAAAAUUAUAAUUUCUCACAUAGGAAAAAAAUAAAACUUCUUAGAAACAAAAGUGUGGAAGACAACUGAAGUGUGCAUGAGAACUUAAACAUUAAUUGCGUUAAUAUAUUAAAAUUGGUUGAUCAGUAAGUGGAAAUUAAUCUGAGUAAAAAUCAAUGAAAUAUUAAUCAACUUUCAAUGCAGUAUGUGUUUAAGGUAAAAGUUCUAAAUUAUUAUAACCACCACCAUCCCAAUUCGAAAACCAAAUAAUAUUCCUCGGAACGCUUACAAGACAAAUUGAAUUUUUUGUAUUUGCAGCUACCUUUUCGUCUCAGGUAUAUUUCUCAUAAUUUUUCCUUAAAAUUUUGUUAUUCUAAUAACCUUUUUGUUGUUUUGACUUCUCAACUCAAGACUUUUCUAAAGAGAUAAUCAUUACGCGGCCAUAAUAUGUGUUGUGCGUUUCAGUUUCAUUUCACUGUCUUAUAAUGUUGUUCUUAAUGUCUAUUUUUGUACUAUUGAUUGUUUUUUUUUACUUUUUGAGUAGUUUUUGUAGCACACCAAAUAAAGCCUUUUGUUUGCUUCCUGUUACAACAUUAUUUGCUACACGCCUUCUAAACAACAGGGUCUCAAAACGACAAACGUAAGUAAUUAGUUAUUAUAAGAGCACUAGGACCGUGUCUUUCAAGCAUAAUUCGUCGCAAACGCUUGUGCAAUGAUUAUUGUUUGAUAUAAAUGCGCGCACGAUCCAUCGGACCGUGGAUUGAACCUUUAAGGUUUGGAGUAGUGAAUACAAUGACGACUGAUUUAUUUGUUAUUUAAUGAAAUAAAAUUAUACUAGUCAUAUAUUGGAUAAGCGUAUAUAUAUUAGGGGUUAUACGGGAGGGGAGAGUUCUUUCUAUGUAAUGCAGUUACUGUUUUCUUUAUCAGUGUAGUACACAGUAUUGUGAAGGCUUUAUUUAUAGAUCUGCCAAGAGUACUGUAUUCACAUUAAUAUUGUAUUGAGUACUGUAUUUAUUAUGUAAUAGAGCGCUUAUUGGUAAUAUUGUAGUCAUGGUGUUACAAACAUCUCACAUAUCCCUGUUAGACAUAUCCCUAGCAUAUCGGACUCUACCCACAUAUCUUAUAGAAUUAAGUUUGUCUCUAUUUUGUCUAGUAUUAUAAAUACCAUUGUUAGUUAUCGUUUGAGAUGGUAGUUUAAUUGUUAGCAUGUCACGUUAAAGAUUUUCAUCAAAAAUUUAAAGAUUCCAUUUUAGCGGAGUCUUGUUCUUAUAUAUCAGAAGAUCCAUAUCCCUAAAAGUAUCCUGUAACACCAUGAUAGUGAGUCAGCUAAAGCCGAAAUUAAAAGGUUUUUUCCAAUCCUAGGGGAACAGAAUAUCUAAAAAUUAUAUAGUUUUUGAAUUUGAAUUUUUAUAAAUUUGAUAACAACUUUUGUAUGUUAUCUGAUGAACACGUUUCCCUUGUUAUUUGUCUGUAAUGCAGUGGGGCAAUAAAUUUAUAUGAGUAUUAAAAGACAAAGUUUUAUUUUGUAUUUAAUAAUUUGUGUACUAUUAGUGGCACAGAUGUCUCCAGUAAUACCUUAAGUUAUGUUAGAUUAUACUUAUAAUAAUACUAAGAAACAAUUGUACUGUUUUUUAGCCUUAUUUGGUUAAAUAAAAGUGUGUAUAUUUAAAA